UUCCAGGGGACCCCUGCGGUCAAAGCAGCUACCAGGGAGAUCGACCGCAGCCCGUCAUGAACCCAUGCGGCCGGUUUCAGUGCAGCGUGACUGCAGAGAGCACCAAUAACUGCACCUGCAACAUUCCUACCGCUAUUGUGCAGCCUUUUGUACAGAUCGAGAACGGAGAUGGCUUCACCACAUGUGCUUAUG